CCCCCGCGACGACUUUUACGUCACAUCCACUGAGGGUGCGUACCGAGGAGUCUCGUGCGUUCGGUGCUCGGUGUGUUUGGAGGGCACGUGUCACCGCGGACAUGCUGAAGCUCGUCCAGGUGUGUGUCCGCCGCCAGGUGUGGAGGAGCGUUUGUUCUUCAGCCCGCCGCCUCAAUGCCGCGUCCGGAACGGGCGGAGCCAGGACGCGGCAGGGAGUCCAGAGCUGCACGGUCGACCCGGAAGUAGAGGAACAGUUCGUGUUCGUAGACUGUACAGAUCCAGAGGAGGACCCCCAUCAUGAGGAGAGAGACUUCCUUCGUACCCUGAGCCUCUCCCCUGUGGAGCCUCUCAGUCCUGGUCCUGGUCCUGGUCCUGGUCCUCAGAAGCAGCUGAGGUCUCUGCAGCGUCAGCUGCAGGUGUUGCAGGACUGGAGGCCCCAGGAGGCCGAGCCGGACUCGUUGGUCCAGUUCCAUGAUGUGGACUUCCCCCUGGACCAGAGCCUGGUGGCGGCUCAGAAGAAGAAGAAGAAGAAGAAGGUGGGGGGGGAACAUAAAGUCUACGGGACGCCUGACGUGGACCAGCCCGUCAGUGACACUUGCUGCUCGGGUUGCGGCGCCCUGCUGCACUGCACCUCCAGCUCAGCCCCCGGGUACCUGCCCAGCGAGAAGUACAAGGUCCUGGUCCAGCAGGGGGGUCUGAGAGGGGCCACCUGCCAGCGCUGCCACCUCCUGACCCACCACCACAAGGCCCUGAACCUCAAGCUGUCCAAGGACCAGUACCGGGACGUGGUGCAGCAGAUCCGGCCCCUCAAGGCUCUGGUGCUGCUCAUCGUGGACCUGCUGGACCUGCCUGACUCCAUCGUCCCAGACCUGCCGGACCUGGUGGGGACCAACAAACACAUCCUGGUCCUGGGGAACAAGGCCGACCUGCUGCCCAGGGACGCGCCCGACUACCUGCAGCGGAUCAGGGGCCAGCUCUCUCAGUACUGCUGCGACGCCGGCUUCGGGGGCCAGGUCACCGGCACGCACCUGAUCAGCGCCAAGACUGGGUACGGCAUCGAGGACCUGAUCUCCAGCCUGCAGAGGUCCUGGAGGUACAGCGGGGACGUGUAUCUGGUGGGCAGCGCCAACGCCGGAAAGUCCACGCUCUUCAACACCCUGCUGGACUCCGACUACUGCAAGACCAGAGCCUCAGACCUCAUCCACAAGGCCACCAUCUCACCAUGGCCCGGGACCACUCUGAACCUGCUCCGGUUCCCCAUCAUCAACCCGACUCCGUCACGGAUGUUCAAACGUCAGGAACGACUGAAGGAGGAGGCGGAGGAGGAGGAGCUGCCACCAGACGAAGUCAAGAGGCUGAAACGCUUCAGCCGCCACGGAUACCUAGUGGGUCGCGUGGGAAGGACGUUCCGAGCUGGUGGAACCAGGAGGACUGAGAUCCAGUUCGACCCGGACCAUCUGGCUUUUGGAGAACUGGAGGAUGGAGACAUGACGCCAAGCCCCCCGGCUGACAGGCUGAUUGACGAGCUGAGCUUUAACGAGGUGAAGGAUGCUCAUUGGUUGUACGACACUCCAGGAAUCCUGAAGGAGCAGGACAUCCUCAACCUGUUGACCGAACAGGAAGUGAUGUCAGUGGUUCCCACCCAGGCCAUCGUGCCCCGGACCGUGGUUCUGAAACCCGGAAUGAGUCUGUUCGUUGGAGCACUGGCCCGGAUUGACUUCCUGCAGGGGGACAAGUCCUGCUGGUUUUCAGUUGUGGCCUCCAGUCGGGUCCCGGUUCACGUCACCAGUGUUGAUAAAGCUGAUGCUGUUUACGAGAAACAUGCUGGACACGUCCUGCUGGGGGUGCCUACAGGAGGCUCGGAGAGGAUGAAGGAGUUCCCGGCGCUGGUUCCUCAGGAGUUUCGUCUGGAGGGUGGAGGUUACCUGGAGGCUGUAGCUGAUGUCAAACUGUCCUCUGCAGGCUGGGUGGCGGUGACUGCUGCCAGAGGAGACCAGCUGGUGUUAAAGGUCCACGGUCCGGCGGAGGUCGGGUUCGGUCUGAGGACGCCGCCUCUGCUUCCCCACGUUGUCUCUCUGAAAGGAAAACGCAUCAGGGGCUCGGCCGCCUACAAACCCAUGAAGACACUGGGUCUGCAGGACGGAGGACUGAGGAUGCAGCUCAGCAAGAGAAAGAAGAAGAAGUGAGACUCAUCAGCUGUGUUUCCAUGGAGACGGCGUCUGAUCUGAGUGACAUCCCAUAAUAAACCUGGGAGAAGGGCUGGAGGCAGUGAAAGGAGCCACGACACUGGGGUAAAAUAACACUAAAAACUGGUCUCACCCGCCCCCCUUAGCUCCCUGGGUUCACACCUGAUGUGGUUCUGAGGUCUGGACCGGUUCAGAACAGAUGAGAACGAACCAAACUGGAGCGAACUUCAGUUUCUACAUAUUCACAGAACUGCUGCAGCGUCUGUGUCUUUCUACAUUUCUUGAUAAAAACGCAGCCAAACCUUUUCAGUGAGUGAAGCUGGAUGAGCUGUAAAGGUGACGAGGAGCAAACGUGUUGUAGAAUAACCAGAUCCUGACGUCCAGAGGACAGAGGACAGAGGACACGUCCCUCAUGGGUUUUAAGAUUAUUGUGAACAUUAACAGCUGAUUGUUUGUGUUGAUGUCAGAGGUCCACGUCCACGUUAUGAUGCGGAUGUUUUUGGUUUAUUUCCAGAGGGAAUGAAGAGGAAUCAGGUUUAAAAUGUUGUUAUCUGUCAUAACUUUAAUGUUUUAUUAUAUCAUAGUUUAUAGACCUGAAACCACCUGUUCACCACCAGCUCCAGUAUCAGUGUCUGUCUCCUGGAUGCUUUACUUUUAUAUCACAUAUUUAUCUAAUAAAUCCUUCAUCGUCAGACAUGUUUCAUUCCUCUGAGGAUGAAGCCUCCAGGGUUCAGGUCUAAUCUGACCUUUGUCUCUAAAAUAAAGAAGAACGUUAACAUGA